UAAUUAAAAAGUGCAUUCUCAGUUGAAUAAAGUACAAAAAUCCACACUUUCAUAGAAAAAGGGAAAAAAAAAACGAAAAAAACAAAAAUCCAGUCCAAAGGUCUUUAGUGACAACCAAAAGAAGAAGAAGAAGAAAAGAAAUUCUCUUACCUCUGAUUCUCGUGUUUGAUAUGGCCUUCUCCACCAUAUCCAGAGCUUUCUUAGCUUCAAGACCCACCUCUCUCUUUCUUCGGUGCAUGAGCAAUGUCCCAGAAAAUACCGUCUAUGGCGGACCAAAGGUUCAAAGCCCGAAUCAAAGAGUGACACUGACCCAUCUUCGACAGAAGCACAAAAAGGGCGAACCCAUUACCGUCGUCACGGCCUACGACUACCCAUCGGCGGUUCACUUGGACACUGCCGGAAUCGAUAUCUGCCUUGUCGGUGAUUCGGCCGCCAUGGUUGUCCACGGCUACGACACCACGCUUCCUAUCUCGGUUGAUGAAAUGCUUGUCCAUUGUCGAGCCGUGGCUCGUGGAGCUAAACGGCCGCUUUUGAUUGGGGAUCUUCCAUUUGGGUCCUAUGAAUCCAGCUCUACUCAGGCUGUUGAUACGGCAGUGAGGAUAUUGAAGGAAGGAGGAAUGGAUGCUAUAAAAUUGGAAGGAGGUUCACCUUCGAGAAUCAAUGCUGCAAAAGCCAUUGUUGAAGCUGGAAUUGCAGUGAUGGGACAUGUGGGGCUUACUCCACAGGCCAUUAGUGUUCUUGGGGGAUUUAGGCCUCAGGGCAAAAAUGUUGCUAGUGCGGUAAAGGUUGUGGAAACUGCACUGGCUUUGCAGGAAGCUGGGUGUUUUUCUGUUGUUUUGGAAUGUGUUCCUCCACCCGUGGCGGCUGCAGCUACUUCAGCUCUCCGAAUUCCUACCAUCGGUAUUGGAGCUGGGCCUUUCUGCAGUGGUCAAGUGCUGGUUUACCAUGAUUUGCUUGGAAUGCUGCAACACCCACAUCAUGCCAAGGUUACCCCAAAAUUCUGUAAGCAAUAUGCACGUGUAGGAGAUGUCAUCAACAAAGCUCUGGUAGAGUAUAAGGAAGAAGUGAGCAGUGGCAAAUUUCCUGGGCCUGCAUUCAGCCCGUAUAAAAUCAGUUCCACUGAUGUUAGUGCCUUUUUAAAUGAGUUACAAAAGUUGGGUUUGGACAAGGCAGCAUCUGCAGCAGCUGAAGCAUCGGAGAAAAUUGAAAAACCUGAAUCACCUGUUGCAGAUGAGCAGCGGAAGAGUGAUUGAUAGUGGUAUGGUAGAAAAUGUCCUUUUAGCAGCAACAUCGAGGCAUUUGCAAGUUGGAAUUUGGUUAGCAUACAGUACAAAUUUUCAUUAUUUAUUUUUUCAGUUAACUUUCUCAUCCUUUUUUUUUUUUUUUUUUUUUUUAUUAUUAUUAUUUUUUUUAACCUUUCUCAUCCACCUUUUCUUCUUAUUUCUCUGUAACACCAAAUAAUGUCAUCUACAUAAUAUGCUGUUAGAAUUCCUGUUGAGUGGUAAAAUAAUUUGAUUCCUGCACAAAGUUGUAUUUGGAAUAUUGAAGCAAUUUCAGGAAUGAGAAUGAGAUUUAAAGCCAAUGUUCAUGGUUUAUGAUCUUGGUACU